AUGGCUACUGCCAUUCCCUUCUUUUCCGCUUAUGCACCUCUCUUCCCUGCGUCGUUCCACACGACAGGUGCAACCAUCGAUGACUGGUAUGAAGCGGUGUCGGUCACACUGCCACGAUCUCCGGUAGCUCGAUCGCACCAGAGAGAACAUCAGAGUGUGCAACGGUGUUUAGAUUUUAGCCGGGUUGACAUUUGGAAAAGCCUGGUGGCCACGCGGUUACACCAAGUCGAGUCGGACCGCAUCCGACCCAUUAUUAGCGGCGAGCAGCAUAAAGAAGAAGACCGUGCUGUUAAUCCUACCUUAUUCAACACUCGUGGUUUUUCCCUUGGUUUCACACCAACUCUUUCAGUGUACUGGAAUAUUUGCACCACAUGGAGCAAUAAUGGCCGGAGAUAUCUUGCGAAUCAUACUGGCUUGAACCUCGAGUUUUUAAACUCUCAAAGCCUUGUGGCUCAUAUCGAGAUCCUACUGGCAAGGCAAGACCUCGGGGGCUGUAUCACAAACAGCUGCUAUGAGUCGGCAGAUAGAGGCUGGGCUAAGUCACGGCUAUUCGGGCCUUACGGGGCCCUGGAGCGUCGACACCGGAAAGCUCCAGUCCUGGCAUCCAAAUACCGCACCUACACUUCCCAAGAUGAUUCCACAGACGAUCUUCCAAAUAACGGCAUCGGUGUCACAUCAUGCAAAAGUCCGCUCGUUGACCAAGCACGGUCCGUCGGCCCCAAUCAUAACUGGCGGAGGCAUGAUGCCUUGUCUCUGAGGCCCUUACGAGCAUCGUAUAGCCACGUUACGAGUAUGUAUGUGCAUAAUCGAGUCAUCCCUAUCACGAAAUCCGUUACUGAAUUCACAUCUCCAGAGGAUUUAUCUCCGGAUCGGUGA